AUGCUCAAAGUUGCUUCGGCACUUCUGUGCUUCUCCAGCACAGUCGUGCUCGCCAGCGGCGGCUCUAGCGGUGGCGGCGGCGGCCAUGACAAUACAAUCACACCCGCCGACACUCUGAACAGGAGUCUCGUGAAAGACAUGUAUAUUGCUUGGUCGAGCAUUAUCCUUGCCCUCGCCAUCUUUACGGUCGUCCUCUUCUCAAGCCGAUAUAUGCGCCUGAUAGCGUCCGUGGGCACGAACCAGCAAGCAUUCUUCCUUCUUCGAAAUACCACCUGGGGAAGCGUCAAACGCCACCUACUGGACGCGCCUUUAUUCCGGAAGCGACAUCAUCGAGAGUUCAAGCUGUCGUCAGUAAUGAAUAUGGGCACAUUACCGAGCCGGUUCCAAAUGCUUUUCCUGAUCGGCUAUUUCAGUUUCCAGAUGCUCUUCUGCUUCUACAAUAUCGAGUGGCACGCCGGACAGGAGACGAUCCUGAAGCAACUUAUUAGUCGGACGGGGAUAUUGUCGGUCAUGAACAUGCUCCCACUGUUCCUGUUGGCAGGGAGAAACAACCCCCUCAUCCCUCUUUGCGGAAUCACAUUCGACACGUUCAACCUGAUCCAUCGGUGGAUCGGGCGCAUUUCGAUCAUUCAAGCAGUCAUUCAUACGGUGGCUUGGAUGGCGAAGAAGGUCCUAACAAAUGGGUGGCCAGCGGUUCAGGCGUCCAUGUCUUCGAUGAAGAUGAUUUCUGGCACAAUCGCAAUGUCCGGCUUCCUAUGGAUCCUGUUCACCUCUCCUUCUGCGGUUCGACACGCAUUCUACGAAACCUUCCUUCAUUUUCAUAUCAUUGCAGCUGCCAUGGCCCUCGGUGCCUUGUGGUAUCACAUCGCAAAAGAGGUUUGGCUGAGGAAUAUCCUCAUCGGCUUGAUGAUCAUCUGGAUUGGCGAGCGCACAUUACGAAUCUUCCGUAUCAUCUACCGCAACUUCGGAAAUGGAGGUACCCAAACGACUCUCGAGCUCCUCCCAGGCGAUGCCUGCCGCGUCACCGUCCGCCUCGCCCGUCCAUGGGCCUUCCGCCCGGGCCAACACGCCUACCUCUACAUCCCCUCCAUCGGCCUCUGGACCUCCCACCCCUUCACCGUCGCCUGGUCCGACGAAGAAGUCGUCGGCGUGACUGACGAAGCCGGCGCAUCCAACACCAGCAGCAUGACGACCCUCGGCGAAAAAGUCCUCCCCAUCACCAGCUCCGAAGUCCUCUCCGUCCACGCCACCACAUUCUCCUUUAUCUGCCGCAAACGCACGGGCUUCACCGAGAAAAUGUACCGCCGUGUCCAGCGCGAGCCCUCCGGCUUCAUCCACACGUGGGGCAUCGUUGAAGGCCCCUACGGCUCCCAGGACCUCCGUUCGUACGGCACCGUCCUCCUCUUCGCCGCCGGCGUCGGCAUCACGCACCAAGUGCCGCACGUGCGCGAUCUAGUGGCAGCGUACGGCAACGGCACCUGCGCGACCCGCAAGGUGACGCUCGUGUGGGUGAUCCAAUCACCAGAACACCUCGAGUGGAUCCGCAAGUGGAUGACGAUGAUCCUAGCGCUGCCGAAACGACGUGACAUCCUAAAGAUCCUGCUGUUCAUCACGCGGCCGAAGAGCAAUCGGGAGAUCCACUCGCCGAGCAGCUCCGUGCAGAUGAUGCCGGGCCGCCCGGACAUCCGGCGGCUGAUCACGCAGGAGGUGGACACUGCGAUCGGCGCGGUUGGGGUGACGUGCUGCGGGGUGGGCGAGCUCGCGGACGACGUGCGAGCGGCGUGUCGGCCGUACAUGACGGAUCGGUCAGUGACGUUUAUGGAGGAGAGCUUUAGCUGGUAG